AUGAGUGUUCAAAUUGAUGCAAACGGAACGGUACAUCCUGUGUCUUUGGGAAUGAUACAGCUUAAGCCUACGCUUGUGGAGAAUAUCACAAAUCUUGUCAGAUACACUGCGUACUUUGCUUGUCCAAGCAGGAGCUCCAAUUUGACAGCUUCUUCUACUGGCAGCAACACCACGGCUUUAUCAGUUGGUCCUGGCACUGCUUUCAAUAUGAGCAAUUCUUCAUUGUCUGUUUCAUCGACUUUAACUACUAUUCUAGCAGAUUGGUCUUCUCCAACUUCAGCAUCCUCUCAAAGACUCAGAAUGCGACUACAACCGACGUUUCCUCAAGUCUGA